AUGUCCAACAUAAAUCAUACUCCUCAGAAGCCUGCUGAGGCUACCGCCUUCGCCAAAGCGAUGAUGCGGGUCGCUCACUUUAAUGCCACCUUCAUUGCCAACAGGGCUCCUCAUGGCAUCAAGAGAAGCCAUCAUGCGGCCUUUGGGUUUGAGGAUUGGGAGUACGGAGGUCUCAGCAGUGUACCUUAUUCGUACACAGGCUUUAGCUCUGUGAUAAAAGAGCCGCGGAACCAGCAGCAGCGACCUCCGGCAUUAAAGCCGAGGAGUUGUCGCUACCAUGUCAACGACAGGGAGGUGCUUGGCAAAGCUCGCCUCGACACGGGCUCACACCCAGGCUCAAAAUCAGAGCCAAUGCUUGAGACAUCCUCGGGCAAGAAGACCAUCAGCUUCAACAACGAAGUUCAACAAGUACUUUUCUUGCGGGACGAUGUCAUCGGGCAGGAGAUAGGGUUGACGGCCGCUCAGCUCUCCGGCGUCCCCAGCGUUGGCUGGCAGGUGUCGCAGCUGGAAAAGGGGAUCUUGCAGCGUGAGAGGUGCUUGAAGAAGGCGAGAGACGGAUGCAUGCCUGCGUGCGUGAUGCUCUUACAGCAUCGGGAUAGCUCAAAGAGGAUCCUUAAUAGUGGGGAGGAGCACGCCAACGACAAUGGCGGCGAGAUUGGCUCGACCACAGCGUCCUUCGCAAAGAUGACAUUGGCGACAAGUGUAACGGCCCCCGACGAGAUCAGAGUCCGUCACCUUCUCCUUGGCAACCUAUAUUUCCAAGCGGUCCAGGAGAUCGAGGACGCUGUCCGGCACCGUUUGUCCACCCUGGCGGUGGAUUUAUUGGACUCCAAAGGCAGCACUGGCAACUCGCUCCGCAGUGUCAUCGAAGAUCUCCAGAAACGCACCACGGAGAGAUUCACUGAACUUCUGAAACACUUAGGCGUCAUUUAUCCUUAUCACAGCCAGGGAGAGCGGUAUGAAGCGGUAGAAGACGCUCGCCGGGACAAAGAUUGGACAGAGGUGGACGCCAAAGCGGAAGCACUGUUCAUCUCAUGUGCAAGUCCGUGGGUUGUGGAGACGCUGAGGGACAUCAUAGCGCAGUUUAAGAGGAAGCUCGAUAGGAAGAUAAGGUCGAGGAUUCAGUGA